GCUUUCUUUCCCUCCUUUUCCUCUUGGCCAUCGCAGCCCGACCGCCAUCUCAUAUCCUACUACAACUACCACCCAGCUGCCACUAGGAUCAAUUACCCUGCAAACAUGUCCCCUACCGCUUCGUCGUCGUCUGCCACGGCCGACAAUGGCCUCGUCCACUCGUCAUCUUCCAAGGCCCUCUAUGAUCCCAAGAAUGCAAUCGCAGCCCUCAGUGACUACCCCUCGGGAGACGGUCUCGCCAUGUCCGAGCUCAUCGACUCAAAGCUCCACGGAGGUCUCACGUACAACGACUUCCUCGUCCUUCCUGGCUUCAUCAACUUCCCUGCCAACGAGGUCAGCCUCCAGACCAAGGUGACGCGCAACGUCGUCCUCAAUACCCCCUUCCUCUCCUCGCCCAUGGACACGGUCACUGAGACAGAAAUGGCUAUUACUAUGGGCCUGCACGGCGGCAUGGGCGUCAUCCACAACAAUAUGUCGCCACAGGAGCAAGCGAACAUGGUCCGCAAGGUCAAGAAGUACGAGAACGGAUUCAUCACCGAGCCGAUGUGCCUCUCGCCCAACGAGACCGUGGGCGACGUGCUCGACAUCAAGCAGCGCAUGGGCUUCGGCGGUAUCCCCAUCACUGACAACGGAGCUCUUCAUGGCAAGCUCCUCGGUAUCGUCACCGCCCGCGACGUGCAGUUCCGUGACCCCGCUCUCCCCCUGUCUCAAGUCAUGACCACCGACCUCGUCACGGCAAAGAAGGGCGUCACGCUCGAACAGGCCAACGAGAUCCUUCGCGACUCCAAGAAGGGCAAGCUCCCCAUCGUUGACGCAGAGGGCAACCUCGUCUCCCUCCUUGCUCGCUCUGACUUGCUCAAGAAUCAAAACUACCCGCUAGCAUCCAAGCGCCCCGACUCCAAGCAGCUUUACUGUGCCGCAGCUGUCGGCACCCGCCCUUCGGACCGCGAGCGCCUUGCCCUCCUCGUUGACGCCGGGUUGGACGUCGUCGUCAUCGACUCGAGCAACGGUAACUCGACAUACCAGAUUGAGUUCAUCCAGUGGAUCAAGCAAACCUACCCCCAGAUCGACAUCAUCGCUGGCAAUGUCGUCACGCGCGAGCAAGCCGCCAACCUGAUCGCGGCAGGCGCCGACGCUCUGCGCAUCGGUAUGGGCUCGGGUUCCAUCUGCACAACGCAAGAGGUCAUGGCCUGCGGCCGACCCCAAGGAACAGCAGUGCACCGCGUGGCUGAGUUCGCGGCCAAGUUCGGCGUCCCCGUCAUUGCCGACGGCGGUAUCUCCAACGUGGGCCACAUCGCCAAGGCCAUGUCCCUUGGCGCAUCUGCGGUCAUGAUGGGCUCGAUGCUUGCUGGUUGCGAGGAGGCGCCAGGAACCUACUUCUUCCGUGAGGGCAAGCGUCUCAAGGCUUACCGCGGGAUGGGCUCCAUCGAGGCUAUGACGCACCAGCGCAAGCAGGCCAUGCCUGGUGCCACUGGGCGCGGGGCCGCGAAGGCGAACAAAGCUGUUCCCGUCGACGUGGGCCAAGAGAACGCGGCAACGCAGCGCUACUUCUCUGAGGCGGACGCAGUCAAGGUCGCCCAGGGUGUGUCGGGCGCCGUUGCGGACAAGGGGUCCUUGAAACGCUACCUGCCCUACCUGUUUACGGGUCUGCAACAUUCGAUGCAGGACAUGGGUGUGAAGAGCUUGACGGAGCUGCGCGAGCUGGUCGGCUUGGGCAAGGUGCGCUUUGAGCUGAGGACUGCUAGUGCGCAGGUCGAGGGAGGCAUCAAUGGGUUGGCUUACUUCAACAAGCAGCUCUUCUCUGACUGA